AUGCUCGUUGCGGAAACAGCGGCGGCCUUUUUCACCUGCCCCGUCUUUGGUUACUGCGUUGACCGAACGGGGCGGCGCAAAGCUCCGUUCCUGGGGGGUCUCGUUCUACUCGCUGCGUCGAUGUGCCUUUUCACGGUGGCACGAUCUGUCGCGAUGUACAUCAUUGCACGACUCUUGCAAGGUGCAUCCGCCGCCAUGGUUGAGGUCGCCGGUCUUGCCCUUCUGAAGGAUGUGGCCGGAAAACAAGGUCUCGGGGAGGCCUUGGGAUAUAUGGGAACAGGAAGCAUGGUCGGCCUUAUAGCGGGCCCACCCCUGGGGGGUCUUCUAAAUAAGGUUGGCGGAUACUAUGCCGUUUGCGCCCUGGGGUUUGCUAUUGUCGCCUUGGACGCGGCUCUACGUUUGGCUGUACUAGAGCCGGGUGAGGUAGAGUGCGGCGAUAAUCCUGCGCGGUACCGUGCUAUUCCGUCAACAGACCCAGAAGACCACGACGUGGCUUCGGAGGGAGAUACUACCAAUGCACCGUCAGGCUCGAAUGUGCAACGCGACGACGCUUUUGCCUCGCUGAAAUUGCUGAAGCAGCCGCGAGUCGCAAUCACGCUUUGGGCACUCGCGGUUGAUGGAAUUAUUAUCGGUGCUUUUGAUGCGACCGUGCCCAGCUUUGUGGAAAAGCUGUUCGGAUGGGACUCGUUUGCAGCCGGUCUGGUCUUUCUCGUCAUGGCGGCACCGUCGCUUUUGGAACCACUGUUUGGCAGGCUGUGCGACCGCUUUGGGGUCCGUCUCAUGGCAGUCAUUGGGUAUUCCUUGCUGACACCUUCAUUGGUUUGUCUGCAGUUUGUGAGCCAUGACUCCGUCUCCCAGAAGAUUCUGUUCGGCGUGUUGGUUGCUUUCUGCGGCAUCUCUCCCGAUCUGGGCCAGCCGGGAUUGUACGUCGAGUCACAGAUGGUGAUCGAAGAGAUGGAACAGCAGUCACCCGGAAUUUUCGGUGCGAAAGGGGCGGUUGCUCAGGCCUUUGGUCUGCAAACCAUGGCUAACUACGCUGGCCUGGCCAUCGGGCCCAUCCUGGGUGAUGCUCUGUUUGAUAACUAUGGGUGGAAAGCUGUAGCUUGGGCCUUGGGGGCACUGUCUGCAGCCACGGUUAUACCUUCUUUUUGGUUGAGUAGUCGGACCUAUAGUCAUGAGACUGAGGAGACGGAAGAGGAGGACCUGACAGUAGCAGCAGGGGUUCCCUAUGGGACCAUUUGA